AGUAAAGAAUAAUUUCUUACUUGCUAGACAUCCCCGUAAUAGAUUACAUAGGACAUUUGGUUGAUUUCAACUAGAACCCACACGUCUUCUCUACCUCCCACAUUCUCUCUUUAUCUCAGAGCCUCUUCUCUCUUCCCUCAAGUGUGGUUUCAGUAUGACUGGGGAAUGGACACUAAAAAUAUUUCUGGAAUGACGUGACCCACUCUUACCCCAUCCAGGAAAGGGACAAGGCUCCACAAGAAACAGCACAUGCUUUCCUUUCAUUUCUGGAAGUCCCGGAGUCGACCUACAGAUGCUGCUUCUUCCGUGGUCGAUGGCAUUCAGACUCCUAGCUGCCGACAGCAGCGUCAGGCCAACAACUGGACAGAACAGCUUGGCUGCUGGAAGCUGGCCACAGUCUCGGCCAGAGCAGCAGCCCCCUGGCCACAGACCACCUCUGCCACCCCACCCAGGAGCCUUCCUACCUCCCUCAGGUUGGCCUGGGCCCCGCCACAGGGGCUGAAGAACUGGGAGGUGGUGACGGCAGUGGCGAGGGUGCCUGCAGCCUUGGGGCCAGUCCAGGCACGUGGGACCCUGCUUCGGGCUACUCUGCAGCCCCUCCAGGGCCAGGGAGGGACCCAGGACAGUCCUGUCGCUCACCACUGUCUCUUCCUGUCGCUGACACCUAGGCGAGGGCUCAGAAUGGAAGGCACCCCUCCUGAACUGAAUCUGCAGGCCAGAUCCAAGGAGGUGGGGGACGGGGUGAGCGGAGCUCAAGAUAGCCAGGAGCUAAAGCAGCAGCUGCAGCCACUUCCCAAGCCAUCAGCCUCCUCCCUGCGAGAAGCAAAAUAUGUGGAGAUGUGCGCUUCAGCUGGAGUCCCAAGGGACAGUCCCCGGACCAUGAGACUCACUCGGGAGCAGCGCCAGGGGGAUCAGAGGGGCUCGAAUAGUCCCCAGGAGAAAGCCCAAGACGAAGUCAGCAGUCAAGAGCGUGAAGCUCCAGCCCCACUGAAGAAUUCUGGCCCCUUGGAACUCUCCAGAUCCCAGCACUCCGGUACCGAUGAGGGCAGCAACCCCUUCUCUUCCUCCUCUUCCUCCUCCCCGGUGGAUGGAGCAGAAGAAGGUGGCCUGUCCAAGAUGGAUGGCACCACCACGUCCACAGGGGCUCUGGCCACCUCCUCCUCAUCCUUAGGCUUCGAGAGUGACAGUGGUGAGAAUGUGCUGAGCUGCCAGCUCAAGGGAGAAGAAGGGGAAAAAGCAGGAGGACGAGGAGGGGGAGGAAGAGGGCGAUGUGGGGAAGCAGAUGCCACAGAGUGCAGAGACAUUAUUGCCAAGUCUCAGGGCAGCCGGGACCCCCCCAGAAAUCAGGAGGCCCAUUACAUCACCACCCACGAGAUCCAGCUGAGCGAGGUGGAGCAGGACAUGGACUUCGACGUGGGCCUGGCCUCCCGCUGGGAUUUCGAGGACAACAACGUGAUCUACUCAUUUGUGGACUACGCUUCCUUCGGUGGCAGCGACGAGACCCCAGAGGAUGUCACCACCCUGACCGAAGAGGACGACGACAACAGCUGCUACCUUAGCACCACUCCCAGCACCAACGCCACCCGGACACCCAGCCCCACCAGCAGCGACCCCACCCGGCCCAGCGCGGGCAGCGGCGGCGGUGGCGGCGGCGACACCAGCAGCACGGAAGUGGGCAGCGGCCCCUCGGACGGUGACCCCACUCCCCCACCCACGGGGCCUGGCACGGCCACCCCGCGGGAGCCCUUGCCCGAGCCCCCGGAGGCGGCUUCAGGGGCAGCAGCAGCCACCGCCGCCAGCAGCUGUGGGAACGCAGCAAGCCAGAUCCUCCUAUCAAUCAAACCGACUUCCCGGGCUAUAAAUGAGCCUAGCAACGUGUGUGCAAAGCAAAACAUUAUUUAUGCUGCCAAGCAUGAAGGCGACAUGAGCCUCCGCGUCUCUACAGCUGCUGACCACAAUUCCAGUUCGCUGAAGCAAGACCCGGCUGCAGCCGUGGCUCAGGACCAUGCAAAGAAAUUCAUCGCCGUCCCUGCUCGCCUGCAGACCCGGUGCGGGGCCAUCCGGGCGAAGGAGCUGGUGGACUACUCCAGUGGAGCCUCCAGUGCCGUGAGCGAGCUGGACGAUGCGGACAAAGAGGUGCGUAAUCUGACCUCCCGGGCCUUCCGGAGCCUCGCUUACCCCUACUUUGAGGCUCUGAACAUCAGCUCCCGGGAGUCCUCCGUGCUCUCCGAAGUCGGCUUUGGGCGCUGGUCGACCUUCCUGGACUUAAAAUGUGGAGGUGUUGGAGCCAGGGUGGAACAGAGCCUCCUGAGGAGCAGCGCGGCCUCAGUGGCUGCAGGGCUGAGGAAGGGCGGUGGGGCCAGAACCACGGCAGACCAGCUCUACAUCCAAUCCAAGAAGUCCCAGACCAAGGCCUUGGAGUUCGUGGUCAGCAAAGUCGAGGGCGAGAUCAAACACGUGGAAACACCUCUGUGUUUCCAGAAGCAGGUCCAGUCUGGUCCCCGCGUGGUCACCCUUCUCGAGCCUCUGAAUUUACGCAGUGAGAGCAAAGCCAGCUUGGCCGCGGGGCCCUGCAAGGCCACCAAAGGCCCCAGCAAGGGCCCCGGGUCGGUGUACACGGAUGAUGGCUCAGAGACCUCCGAGAGCGGCAAGCCGGCCUCCCGCGCUGAUGGCCCCCAGAAGUCCAAGUUUGCUUCCAGCCUGCUCAAAAAUGUCAUCUCCAAGAAGAUGCAGAGGGAACACGAGUUCAAAAUGGAGAGGGGAGAACUCAGUGACACAUCCCACCAUCACCUCUCCAGCACCUCCAAGGAGACGGAGGGCCCUCCGCCCGGGGCUGAGAAGCAGCGCGAGAGGGGCCUGCAAAGGCAGAGUUCUCGCCACUCGGAGGCCGGCUCCGAGUACACGGUGGUCAGCGUGUCUGAUGCCGGUGGGGAGGGGGCCGUAGCUGGGUCUAAAUCCCCCAUCUUCAAAGCCAGCGCCCCUCGGGAGAGCCACGCAGGCUCCGGCCGUCAUUUUGCCGAUGGACUCCCAGAAGUGUGUGAAAUUAAAAAGAGUGCCUCAGAGACUGUCAAGGGCAUCUUCCUCCGCAGUCAGAACAGUGCAUUCCGGUCCUGGAAGGAGAAAGAGGCUGAGAAGCGAGAAGAAAGAGCCCCCGUUGGGAAGCUGAAACUCCCCAAGGGGGGUGACUGGAGGGCCGACCUGGGGGAGAUCUCUGCCAGCAAGUCCACCAUCAUGUCUCGCCUCUUUGUCCCCAACAUCCAGCAGACGCCCAGGGAUAAGCAGCCGGGGAAGCAGGCCACCAAGUACCCUGCUGCUCAGGCCACCUCCACUGCAGCGAUCCGCCCCAAGGCUCCCGAAAUCAAGAUCCGCCUGGGGAGCGUGCAGCAGCCGAGCUCCGACUUCAACAUUGCCAAGUUGCUCACGCCCAAACUGGCCAGCGGCAGUGCCUCCAACCUCUUCAAGACCGUUGAGGACAACAGCAGGGCCCAGCAGAAGCUCUUCCGGGGGGACAACCUGGAAAAAGUGCCCCAGUUCCAGGUGAGAGACGUCAGGGACAAGUCCAAGGCCCAAGGCCCCCUCCAUCAGGUGAGAGACGUUCGGAAACUAAUCAAGGGGUCAGGGGACAGCAGUGACAAGGGCAGCGUUACCCCAGAGCAGGGGCUGACUGGGCCCAAGCCCAAGCAGCUGGCGCCUGCCACUGGGGGGUCCGGAUCCUUGUCCCCCAUGGUGAUCACGUGCCAGGCUGUGGUGAACCCCAGGGAGGACAGCACCGAGCGAGAGCCCAGGGAGAAUGCGGGCAAGGGAGGCGGCCGGGUCCUGAACUCCUCCUCGCCAGAAGGGACAGUUUUGGUGCACAGGGCAUCUGGCAGGCUGCCGGUGGCCACCAUCGCCCCCAACAAGCCUGAGCAGGGCUCCUACCUGCCUGUGCUCAAGAUCGUCUCCAAGGCUCAGAGGACCCCAGAGAAGGUCAAGGAGGAGGAGGUCAAGGAGGAAGGGAAAGGCCCCAAGACAUCCCGGAAUGCCCUGGAGAAGCUGACGGCGGCCGUCAGGUCCAUGGAAGAGCUGUACAGCUUCAACAGGAACGAGUGGAAGCGGAAAAGUGACCCCUUGCCUCUGCUGACCGACAGCCACGUCCUGUCGCUCAUCGCCAGCGAGGAGAGGGAAGGGGCCGGGGCCGCUGACCCCGACAAGUUGGCCAGACGGCUGGGUGAGGCGGAGGAGCCACGGGGCAUCGGGAACAAAGGCGGGGUGAUCCUGAGAGGGGGCCCAGAGCGUCUACAGCGGAGAAACUCCAACCCCAGCACCGAGAGCGUGUCUGCCCGCGCGGCUGCCUUUGAGAACUUGGCCAGGGAGCGGCCCCGGUCCCUCUAUAUUCCGCCAGUGCACAAGGAUGUGGACAGAACCCAGCCCCUGCCCCCACUCCCCAGCCAACGGAACGUCUUCACUGUGAGUGCCAGCAGCACCCAGAAAACUGGGGGAGUCGCUGGCAAGUUCCCGCAAGGCCCUUCUCCGGAUAGUCCCUCGGCGGCCGCCAAGGGCAUCAAAUCGCAGGGACUGCGGUCCCUCAAGAUCUCUCCGGCCACCCGGGCACCUCUGGAAGAGGUGACCAACAGGAAAAUCGGCAGCAAUUUGGAAAAGAGCAAUAGUGACUGUGAGAAUUACCUGACCAUCCCUCUUAAAGGAAGCUCUGCAGCUGGAGAGCUUCCAGGCAGGCCUGGGGUAGGGAGGGAGGGACCCCCAGCUUCUUCAGCCACGGCCACUCUCUGCAGCUUGCCCCCCCUGAGUGCCCGCAGUCAGGUCCCCACUAGUCCCAAGGGCUCUCAGGUCAGUGGAACCAGCCGACCAGCUUGGCGCACCAAACCUGACCACCCCCGGGAGACAGUAGCUGCCCCUGCGGGGCCCCAGAGCCCUGAGCAUCCCCCCACCGCCAUCUACCACCAGCAGCCACUGCCCUUCACCCUACAGAGUGCCCAGCCCCAGGUCCUCUGCUUCUCCCCUCCAGGCAUGCCAGCCCCGGCACCUGCCGGCCCAGCUCCUGUCCCCACAGACCCCUUCCAGCAGCCCCCACCUCAGCAGACCCAGCGCAAGAUGCUCCUGGAUGUGACCACCGGCCAGUACUAUCUGGUGGACACACCAGUACAGCCCAUGACCCGGAGACUGUUUGACCCUGAGACGGGGCAGUAUGUGGACGUGCCAAUGACCUCCCAGCAGCAGGCAGUGGCUCCCAUGUCCCUCCCUGUGCCUCCUCUGGCCCUGAGUCCUGGGGCCUAUGGACCCACUUACAUGAUCUACCCCGGGUUUCUGCCCACGGUGCUGCCCGCCAACGCCCUGCAGCCCACACCAAUUGCUCGCACUCCAGGGGGCGGUGAGCUCUCCCCACUGGCAGCAGAGCCCCCCAGCAAAGAGGCAGCUGCAGCAUUCACUGAGGCCCCCUACUUCAUGGCCUCUGGUCAGUCUCCCGCCUCCUCUUCCUCCUCUGCCCCAGCAGCCACCUCCCAGCUCGUGGGGGCCAAGGGCUUUGCCCACCUGCAUGGCAAGCCUGUCAUCAGCAUCACCUCACAGCCCCUGGGGCCGCGGAUCAUCGCACCCCCCUCCUUUGACGGCACCACCAUGAGCUUCGUGGUGGAACACAGAUGAUGAGUGGUCACCAGAAAGCCGAAGGGAGCAGCUGCUGGAGCAAGACAGAAAGAUGGACAAACCUUCUUAAAUCUGAAGGCUUCAUUGUAACAACACUAAGAACCACCGGGAAAACUUCCCCUAUAUACGUUAUUCUUAGUUUUUGCUUCUUAUAAACAAGUGUGUAAGUUUCCAUAUUUUUCUGAAUAACCCUGUUAAGACACUUUGUGUUAUUGCUGAUUGAAUGGUUGCGUUUUUUUCCUAUGUAAAACUAUUUCCUUUUGUACUUUAACAUAAGCUUUCCCUUCAUCUUUCCUUCCUGCAUUUGUGACUAGGCAAACCAUCUCGUACAUGUUCUUGUAGUUCAGUCAAAACACACAACAGAAUAAGAUUGGUUUUGUUGUAAACCAACAACAAAACAGUCGUUUGGGUCACAAAUCUCCCUACAGAUUCUUACAAUAUAUCAGCACUGGCGGGCAGAGUUGUAGCAUUUGUCUGGGUUUAAAUAUGAUGGGUCUGUAUUUUGAAUCAUAGACCAGCCACGCCUAGUCAUUCUCUUGGUUAUGUUUUACAUGUCCUUUUAUUGGGUUUAGCAUGAUUUCAAAUGUUAUUGUGAAAAACAGUGGUUUUAACUUUUGUGCCUUGUUUUAACUUUCCCAUCGGUACAAUACCAUGACACCAUUUGUUGCCUUAAAAUAGAAUGGUUUGAAAGACUGGAGAGCCAGUGGUUGCGUUUAAGAUUAAGGUCUUAGUUUCAGAAAGGUAUAAAAUAAUCUAUUUCCCUCUAGAAUCCAAGCUUUGCUAUGAGUGUGGAGGAUUAUAUUCUUCUUUAAUGAUUCUCUCCAUAGUUGCAUACUCCUCUCUCUCACAGAUUGUUUGGAGUCUGAAGUGUGACCUGUUUGGGGUAAUGGAGCAGAAAGUGAACUCUGAUUUGGUGGCUCCGAUUCUCUUCAGCCCUCACCAUACCAAUAGCAGUGAUCUAGGUUUAUAUCACUUGCUCCCUAUAGCUUUAAGAGAUGUCGAGAAUCCAAAUCAUAGAAUCUUUCAUUGACAUUCAAUACUGCCUCAGUUGUAGCCCACUUCUGAAGGUUAUUUUAGUGAGUGUUCAUGGUAAGUUUUGAAGAGCUGAUUGAACAGUUAAAUAUUUAGCUCAUCAUAAUUUAUAAGUGAGUUAAUAUAUUAUAUAUUCAACAAAUGUUACAUUGAAAUAUUUCUUACUUUUAAAAAGAAUAACUUGAAGGUUCUCCUGGGCUUUUCAAAAAGGAAUCUCCUCUUAUUUACUUAUUUUUUAAAAGAUAAAGCAUUCUGGUAAAUUUUAAAGCCUUAUUUUUAUUUUAAUGAUCAUCAAUAUUGAUUUUUGCUUAAAAUUACAUCUUGAAACCACAGAACUUUAUACUGCUCAUGACUGAAGAUAUGUUUUAUGCUUCCAUCUCAGUUGUACUCUUUUAAAAAAACUUCAAUUUCAUAUUCAGGGCUUUCCUUAAAGGGAUCUUAUUCUGAAAAGAAGUUCUUUUGGGUAAAAGGAAGGGUUUGAGACAGGAAUAGUCAGCUCUGGUCACAAUUCAACCAAUCAUUGUGCUGAUGAGCUAUGAAAUGAGGAGGUUGCCUCUAUGAGAUACAGAGCAUGAAAUAUGAAAUAGUCUCUGUAUUUGGAAAAGAUGUCCUUGUGCCAUAAUUGGGGGAAGUGUUAUUCCUUUGUUAUAGAAGUCAUCUUACUCAACUCCAUCAAUAGAUUCACCCCAGAACUUAAUUUUUCAUUACUAGGAAGUGUCUCUCACAGCAUCAGCCGUUCCUUAUAUUCAGUAGAGAUGCUCUGGGUCUUGGUCACUUAAUACUGAAACAAGAAUGUAGAAUCUGUUAAAGAUCUCAAACAUAGUACUCAAAUAACUUAUAAUGCUUUCAGAACACCGAAAUCUCAAGUAUUGAACACAUCCUGUGAAACUCAGAUACAAUUUCAUAGAUAGAACCAGAAUUGACAAGACUAUUUCAAAACUACAUGUGACUUUUAGGAAAACCCAGUGCUCGUGUUAAGUAGUCAACUACUUCCAGGUCUCCAAAAAGAGAGACCUCUCCUUUCCCAGAGAAUGUGAUGGAGUCUUACCUACCAAGGGUCUGGGGAUCCCAUAAGCUACUUAUCACUAUUUAUCAUUAUUUUCCCCUAACAGAUCUGAGCCUCAAAUUUUCACAAUGAGGUAAAGAACUUUUCAUUUUUUGGCCCUAUCAGAGAGGCCACGUCCUCUGAGAAGCUGCUUUGGUUGUAGUAAAUGUCCAAGUGGUUAAAAUAAGGGAUUUUAAAGUAGUGUUCUAUGAAUGCUAUAUCAUCUGUGAUAAUUUCAUGGUUCUCUAUUUCAUCAAGCCAUAAGAAGCAAAGCUGCUAGGCCAUUUACCACCUCAAAUGAUAGAGGGGAACAUGUUUAAAAACAUGAGGUAAAUCUAAAUCCUCACUUUUCAUUGUUUUAUUUCUUGAGGUUGUGUUGAUAUUUGAAUGAAGUAGUUGAGUCCUUCUUUAUUCAACCAAAGCUAAGUAGAAAAAGCCAGUAUAUGAAACCUUCUGGCCCAUAAAACCAUCACCCUAACAGUGUCCUUUCAGCUACGAAGCUACCUUUUUAUGGUUUAAAUAUACAAAACCAUUAAUAAAGCAUGUAGCAUUUCCUAUAGGGUUCCUGGAGCUUGAAUCUAAUUAGAAUUGCAGAGUCUGCCUUUGGCCAUCUCUUCUUGGGGUUACAUGUGAAAAUGUAGUUUUCCAGAUGAACCACAGGGUAUUUUGUGUAGAAAUCUUGACCCAUUUUCCCUUUUUCCCUGUUGGUCAGAUGGUCAGGUUGAAAUAUGCUCCUUUUGAAUUGUUGUUGGACAACUGAACAAACUUGUAACCAGUACAACAGUUUAAUUCACCAGAAUGUAUUUUCUUGAAAAACACUCUCUGAGAUUGCCCUCAGGAUGAAAUGAAGCCCAAAUAUGCAGUUAGUGACCUAACAUAUUGGCUCUCUGUAUGUUUGUCUGCAUCUGUUAUGUCUGUAUGUGUAUGGCUCUCUGGAUAUGAUUGAACAAAUAAGCUAAUACAAAUUACAUUUUGACAUCUUUGUGAUGAAUCUUAAAUGUUAACAUGCACUUCAAAACCAUCCUAUGUCACUCAGAAAUACAUAGCUAUAUAAAUCUUUUUAAUUUCAGAUUUGAUUUCAUCAUUCUUGCCUCUUAAAGAGAUUCAAUGCAUUUAAAUUAUUUUCAUAUUUCAUAGAAAUGGAAGUCUGUGUUUGUUACAAAUUGAAUGCUCAUGCUACCUGAAAUAAUACUUUGGACUGCAGGACAGUGUUGAUUCUUAAGUAGACUGACUAUAAUCUCAUGAUAAGUAUAUAUUAUAUGUGCGUGAGAAGACACAUUCAGUAAUAGUCUCUGUGUUUUAAAACCAUCACGGUACACAUUUUCCUAUGUGGUGCUUGAGGAGUUUCAUUCUACAGUUUACAAGGUGUAGGUUUGCACCCCAAAUUCUCAGGGUAUGCUAUUUUACCCAAAUACUUGAAAGAAAAAGGUGCCCUGUAUUUUAUCAGUACUGUUGAGGGGAAAAAUUAUGUGUAGGUUUGUUUUAGAAAACUACUUAUAAAAAUCAAAUUCACAGAAUAUGUUAGGCUUUUACAUAAUUCCUAAAGAGGUAUAUGUAGAGAUAUGAUAUAUAUUUUCAAGAGAUUGUUUCUAUAUUCUUAAUUAAUUUCUGGGUCCUAAGUAGACCUCACAGGUGCAUAAAAUCAUUAAUAAAGCAUGUAGCAUUUGCUAAGUUGUACCUUGAGUUUGAAUCUAAUAAGAAUUGCAGACUCCAGUCCUCUGGGGGGAAAAUAAAAACACAGGUCCAUCUGUGGCACGUGUGAUUACAAGGCCCAGGGGAGGAUUCUGAAAACUGGAGUAUUGAUAUACCCCAUGUCUCAGAAGAGAACUGAACGUUCACAGCAUUUGUAAGCUGUUACCAUUCUUGUUUCCUGUUGCAACUUAGAGCAUAUUAUUAGUUGUAUUUGUAUUUGAUUCAUAAUGGUGCAAAAUAAAACACACACACAUCAAAUUUGAUUUCUUUUUUUAAGUUUCAUACUUGCUUUUUACAAGGUAAUGUUAAUGGCAAAAAGUCCUUUCCAGGGCUUCCUGAAAUUACCUAUCAUCCUUGUAUCCUUUUUCUAGCAGGUGGUCCUUUCUUUUUCUCCCCCUUUGAAGAUGUUGGUUUCUAUAUUUACACUGAACUCAGCUUAUUGUACAGUAAAGACAGUGGUGGUUGAAAAGAAUGUGAAGACUGAGGAAGUUAGGUCCCAAACAAAGGAGAGUAAAUUGUGUGGUAAAUGGAGAAAGACAUUGGAUAACGCUGAACUAUACCUCUGACUACGAAAAAAGCCAGUGGGAAAUGGAAAGAAGGUGAUUGUUUAAACUGCUCUCAUGAUAGAAAUCUUGGUGGAAGAGUUCCUACUUGAGAUCUGAUGUGAUUCAAUUAUGGAAUGCAGCGAGCGUGCCCAGCGGGACUGUGAAUCCAGCCCAACAGCUCUGAGAAUUUCUUUGUCAGUGUAUUGCAUACGGAGAAAACUACUUAGACAAGGACUCUGAGAGACUAGCCUACUUACCUUUAAUUGACAGUAUUUGUAAGUGAUUGUGCAAUCUUGUGUAAUGGUCUUUUGAUUCUUUUGAAAAUAAAUGUUUUGUUGUUUUUUCUUUUUUCCAGUAAAAGUAAAUGCAAAGAAAAUGUG